CCACUGGAAAAGAAGGAGAUGUGAGAUGGCCAUAGAAUGUGGCAUUGUUGCAUUACCAGCUGUAGAAUCCCCCCCUUACUCUAAGCUCUAGAUUGCCGAUGAUUGGAAGUACGGAAUCACGGAACUCAAAUGUGUCACAAUGGACCAGAAGGUAUUAAAUCCGGUUAAGAUGUUCUGUGGCUUCACAUUCAGAAGAUCCUCCCCUGCCCUUGACCUGGCUUGCUGCUCUCCCUCGCAAGCAGCAUGUCCUCAGCAGCCUGUGUUUCGGAGAACCCAAGGCAAAGCCCUUUCACCCCAGGACGCUACCCAGACAUACCCAUGUCUCCAACUGCCCUCUCUAAAAGCGACACACUGAGUUGCCAGGAUGGGUAAGACUUUAGACGAUCAACUCACAUAGAAAACAUUGUACCUUGUCGAUUGAUAUUGCAUAGGUCUGUAGAGAAUCAGAAUGUCAAUGUAUAUAGAAAUAAUGUAGUUUGGAUUUGUAUUGUAUGUUGAGAUGCUAAGAGAAGCUGAUUGUCCCAUAGGCUCUCCACUAAACUUGCUAGCCAAUCGGCGGAGUCCUCCAGCGUGACAUCAGGGUCAUGUGACCUGAGCAGGCAGAUCGUGUCCCAGUUGGAGUGCUACCUGUCCAAUGAACACCUGGCAGAGGAUGGCUUCCUGCUCAAACACGUCCAGAGGAACAGGAUGGGAUACGUCAGCCUCAAGCUGCUCACCUCCUUCAAAAAGAUGAAGGASCUGACGAGAGACUGGCGCACCACCCUGGCCGCGGCGCUGUGCUCUGAUUCGCUGGAGGUCAACAGGGAAGGGACCAAAGUGAGGCGCAGAGAGCCUCUGCCUGAUUGGCUGUUGAGUGCCCCCAACAGCAAGCUGCUACUAGCCUGGAACCUGCUUGGGGAAAACACCGGAAGUGACAUCACUACCCUCAGCAGCUUGGACCAGCAGAUAGCGCUAGAGAAAGCUCUGAAGCUGUUCAGUGCCCAUGCUGCCGUGGCCUCGCUGCGUAUCCUCCGUCCUGGGAAAGAGCUUCCUGUGGAGCUGAGACGUCAUGCCAGGAGGCAUGCCGAGCUGGGCCGCAGGACGUGUGCUGUGGUGGAGUUUGAGACCCUGGAGGGGGCCAGGUUGGCCUACCGAGCCCUGCAGAGAGGAGGAGCAGAGGGGGCCGUGGUUUGUGUCGCCAGCCUGGGCAGCCCUGGCUCGUCCCACCCCACCAACCGGCCGGCGGAGAAGGAGGGUGAGGAGGACCCCAAGCCAGAUGGAGGCCCCGAGGUGACUAAGGUGUCCCAGAAAAAUCCCAAGGUGAAAUCUAGAUGUUUCACCAACAGCUCCCUGAAGGAUCCAGUCCUGUCUAGAUGUUUCAUAAACAACUCUAUGAAGGAUCCGGAACUACUGAAGAGCUUAGAGUCUGACCCUGCCCCGGCCAAGGCCACAGUCCCAACCCUGGGUUCAGCCCCAGCCAGGCUUUCAUGCAGAAGGAUCCAGCGCCAUAAGUCACUGGACAGCCCCCUGGGCCUGGAGGGUCAUUGCCAAACAUCACAAAKUGAUAGGCCCUCCUCCUCGGACAGCCAUGCGUCCCGCGUCCCCCUGGUCUUGUCUAAGCUCCGGGACUCAAGGUCUGGAGGUGUAGGAAGGAGCAGGUGCUCUGGGGACCAUGCACAGGAGAAGGYGUCUUGCCCCUGGGUGCAGCGCCAGAAGGUGGCUGCUAGCGCGGCCCUACUCCACCCGGAGACCCCGGGCAAGCUGCGGAGACAGACUCUGCCCCUGAGGGUGGUGCGUCUGCCCCAAGGACCCUACGGUACCAAGGGCUUCUAUGGAGGCAGGGGGAGAGGGAAGCUACCUCAGCAGCAGUAAUCUGUCUGUCUAUUUAACAACUAACCUCUUCUGGAUGACACCCUGUCUGUCCCUUUAAAUGUUUCGACUGAUGAAAUGAAAUAUAUUGUAGUGACGAUUGUUGCCAUGAUAACAAAAAAGUAAA